AUGGGCGUUCUCUGGGCAAUGUCUCCAGCUGGAGGUCAAGCUUCGCUGAGAAUAUUGUACCGAGCGAACCAGACCUCAGUCAGCUCUACCAGCAUACGUUAUAUGGAUACAGGCCCUCUUGGGUUUUUGUGCACAUACAUGACACUAUUCGAGGGCUACGACAUGGAAUUCAACCAGACCGGCGAUUUCCCAUUCUCAAUGGCGUCUUCUCUCGCUGCCGCACUCAUGCAAAACGUCGAGACGAAAUCUGGUCCCAGAGAUUCGUGGGGCAGCCCCAAAGUUCCCCGGCUUGAUAUGGUGGAUGAAUCUACCGCCGAUGAGAAUGGCUGGAUCCAAGUCUCCCAAUCCCCUGCGGUGGAGUCAUUCACUUCGUUGUUUGGCUUGCCACUUUUGGGUAUCCCGGAUCACGGGACGGUGGAAUUUGGAAUUGAGUCCGCCUAUGUACAGUUCGGCAACGCGACUGUUGAGCAAGUCGAGCCAUUUGCGAGUUCCUCAAGUGUUGAGGCUACAUGUUCCACAUGUAUCAACAACUUCCGGGACCUGUCGGACCCCGGGGUUUCCCCAGGAAGGGUUGCGCGGCUUUUAGGGCCGCCCUGGACACAGCCCAACUCGUCGCAACUUUCCCAAGAAUCAUUCACCAACGCUAAUCACGUACGAAUCGCACAAUCAAGAACAGGGACCUUCGUUUCUUCUGAGGUUACACAGGUCCUUGUUGAAACAUAUAUUGUGUGCGAGGAAGGCCUUUGCAGAGCCACCAAGAUCCGGCCGUCGACGACAGAUCACCGACCAGAAAACAUAACAGCAUUCGAUUUCUGGGGAGUAGUCGCGCUGGAUAUGUUGAAUCACGCGAAUGGAAAUAUACAAUGGAGCCCUACCUUGUUGGAACUCUUCAUGAAUGAAACAUCCACGAUUCCUGUGUACCACGCAAGUACCUGGCUGGAUGCUGCGGAAGCCUACUGGCCCAAUCUCGCAAAAGUGGAACCAGUUAUACUGUCAAGAAGGGUCACUCUACUCUUGAACUCAGCGAUACACCUACUUUACUCUUAUUAUGGGUUCGCGGGUGCGUUGCCUCCAGUUGAAUCUGUAGAUUACGGGCCACCUCACACUCCAUCAGGUGGCCUAUCUGCGGCAGCAGCGGCAUACAACGUAACAACUCCUGGAGAACAUAUGAGCGAUGUCGACCAAUAUGUCCAAAAUAUUGUAUCUCGUGGUGCUGCCUUCGUUGCCGCCUCUACCGAGGCGUCAGUCACACAGAAAACCGUCAUCUACAAAGCCGACUACGUCUAUGUGACAGUGUUGGUGAUAUCGUCCCUUGCGCUGACCAUUACCGGUCUAGUCGGAAUGAUCAUGGGACUGCGGACGAGAGAGCCAGAUGUGUUCGACCCCGUGAUGGGCCUGACAUAUAACAACAGUUCCCUCGGCUUGCCAAACCCGGGGAGCACACUUGAUGCCAACGCGAGAGCGAAACUGUUGAGAGGAAUGAGGGUUCGGCUGGGUGAUGUCGCUGGAGAGAAGUCUGUCGGAAUGGUCGGUGUGGGCAGGACACCUGAAGUCGAACCGUUGGUCCAGGGCAGACUCUAUGAAUGA